GCGGGCGGGCGAAGCCGAAGCCUCGCAGCUUCCCCACCCGCCCGGCGGCCUCCCGCUCCGUCUCCGCCCCGCCGUGAAACCGGUAUCCGGAGAAGGACGGCGGGGCCUCGAGGGCCGCGGCCUUGUUUCGAGCGGGAGGGCGGAGCGGUUCGAAACGCGCGGCCUAGCGUGGCCUGGGCCUCAGGGGGCCACAAGGCUGCGCUAGGCCGCCCUCUCCCCUCACCAACGAAGGCUAGCGGCGCUUACUCUUAAGUAGGCUCAUGUGUGGGGGGGGGGGAGACUGCUGACCUGCCCGCCUCGCGUCUUGACAAGCUUUGCGAGGCGCAGCCUUGGGCCGCCUCUGGAGGGAGCGGUGCUUUAAGGCUGCCCUUUGCUGGCCUCCUCUCUGCUGAGCCCUUCAGGGGUCCUCCUAACUGGGCUGGCUCCCAUUUCGCUCCCUCUAUAGGAGGGCAGGCGCCCCCCCCCUGCCGAAGCAGGUUUCCUCCUUCCGCGUGAAAAGCGUCAAGGAAAGGGGCUUCCCCGCUGGCCUCAGUGCCGGAUUUAAGAAUCAGUUAAACAAGCUCUAUCUUAGGGCCCCAUUCUCUUGGGGCCCCCCAAAAAAAUUAAAGAAAAAAACGCUGAAUGUGCAUAUCCAAAAUAUAAGAUAAAAAACAAACAAACUUUGAUAAAAUACAUAUUUUGUUAUGUGCAAAUGGCUUUAGAUACCUAUUAGGUCCAUAAAUUACUAUAUAGCAUAUAUUCAACACACAAAAACAGCUACAAUUUGUUGUUGACAAAGGACAGCUGGACAUAUAAAGGGCCCAUUACCUUCAGUAGCUUAGGGCAGGCAUAGGCAAACUCUGGCCCUCCAGAUGUUUGGGACUACAAUUUCCAUCAUCCCUAGCUAACAGGACCAGUGGUCAGGGAUGAUGGGAAUUGUAGUCCCAAACAUCUGGAGGGCCAGAGGUUGCCUGUGCCUGGCUUAGGGCCUUAUCAAACCUAAAUCCGGCCCUGGUUGCCCGUUUUCUGUACAUGCAAAUGGAUGUAGUAGCCCAUCUCCCCACCAUCACCACACUCCCCACCACAUGUGGGUCAAACGUGACUCUGAAAAUAAUGAUAAUAAUUUAUUGAGUUUAUAUGCUGCCCAAUACCUGGAGGUCUCAGGGCGGUUCACAGAAAAGAUCGCAGCAUAUAGAAUCAGAAUAAAAGCAACAACCCAAUAAACAACACACACCUCGGAAAAGGUCCACAUUUUAAAAGGAUGUUAAAUAGAUCAACCGAAGGUUAGCAGGAUUUUUUUUGCCGGGGGGGGGCAUUAUUGGUUAAGGGUUUUGUGGCAAAUGCCUGGUUGGAAUUUCACAGCAGGGCAAACGCGGCUUUCUCCGAUUCCCCCCUCCCAUCCCCAGAUGAGUUAGAAGUACUAUCAGGAGUUGGUACGGUAGUACAGGAGUUUGGGAGUCAACGUCUUGAAUCGGACACGGACAGCCUGCAAAAGUGUCUCUGUCGCUUAAUGGGUUAAGCUUGCUUUUGUUGUUGUUGAUUGAAUUAUGCUACUUUAAAACAUAAAUCAUUCAACAUGAAUAGGAGUUAUUAAUGUUGCAGUUGUUGUAAAAGGGAUUAUUAUGGUGACCGGAAUGUAAUGGAAAUGAGUAAGAUUUUGGCAAGCAGAAAUAAAGCAAAUCAUGAAAUCUAGCACACAGGGAGCCACUUUAUCUAAAUUGUAUAAUUUGGUAUUUGAACGAUUUGUAUUAAUAAUUGUAUUAUAAAUUGGUAUUGUUGUAAUGAGGCUAUUAUUGGAUUGUAAUUGAAAGCUAAUAAAAAUUAUUUUAAAAAAUCUUGCUGCUUUAAAACAAAAAACACAAACAAACAAAACAAAACAAGGCAGGGUUUAAACAUUUUUACUAGAUAGAGAGUAUUGAUAGAAACUCCUUUUAUCUCUCAUGAAGUAAAAUGUGUAAACAUUGGUAGCUCUUGAUCUACUGCAGCAUUUCUCCGGCUGCUUUUGGGCUACAGUUCCCAUCAUCCCUGACCACUGGUCUUGCUACCUAGGGAUGCUGGGAGUUGCAGUCCAAAAACAGCUGGAGAAUCAUAUUUGGGAAACACUUCUCUAUUAGGUUGCUCAUGCCCUUUUAAAGCCUGCAUCUUCUCAUAGGUCUACUGAUUUUGUUUGCCAUAUUGGAAUUUAUUAAAAUCAGCUGAGGAAUCUGUGCUCCUCCAUAUGCUGCUGUACUGCAACUCGUAUAAUCCCUGACCAUUAGUCAUGCUGGCUGGGAACAAAUGCUGAAUCCAUCACAGAGUUAUAGGAUAUAUUUCUGAAAAUGCCACUGUCAGCUUAUGUGUAGGAAGAUUGGCUAGGACCAGGGAGACCCUGGUCAAAUUCCCUUUUACCUAUGAAGCACACUGAGUGACUCCUGGCCAGUCAUUCUCUUUUAGCUGUACCUAGCUCACACAGCUCUUGUGGGGAUGUAAUAAAGGAGUGGACAGCCACCCAGAACUCCUUGGAGGAAUGGCAGAAUAAAUAUGCAAUAAAAUAAAAUUAAUUUUAGGCACAUUUGCUAUGGGUUUAAGCUAUGGAUUCGUUCUAGUUUGAAGCGCUUGCAAUGAAACACAUAUGAUAUGGAUUGGUAUGUAUUAUAACAAGGAACAAAAUUCUUAUUUAGAAGCAGGUGCAAUUUAGAUAGAAUUAUAGAGUCACAGAUGUGUUACCUUGGGUUGAUUUCCAGUUACUUCAUUAUACAGUGAGAGAUAUGAGAAAUGCUAACCAUUGAAUUUUUCUGUAUGUUUUGCUCUUUUUACCUAGAGCCAAAUAAUAAUAAUACUUGGUUGUAAUCCUCACCCUACUUACCUAGGAGCAAUCCCGCUUGAAUUAAGUGGGAUUUACUUCUGCGCGUACAUGGCUAGAAUUGUACUACAAUGAUUUGCAAGGUACAAAUAGUUCCGGAUCAUUGGGAGGUCUUGAUGUUCGUCGACGCAUCCCUAUAAAGCUAAUCUCCAAGCAGACAAACAAAGCUAAACCUACACCACCUCGUCCUGUGAGAAGUAUGAAUAGGUUGCCAUCAAAGGCUGGUGAAGAAGAAGAAUUUGACUACAACGAAGAAGAACGAUAUGAAUGCAAAGGUGGUGAUGUGUUUAGUAAUCAAAGAAGAUUUCCUGGACACCUCUUCUGGGACUUCAAGAUAAAUUUACUAGGAGAAAAGGAUGAUACUCCAGUCCAUUUCUGUGACAAGUGUGGACUACCAAUCAAAAUGUAUGGACGCAUGAUACCCUGCAAGCAUGUUUUCUGCUAUGAUUGUGCUAUUUUACAUGAGAAAAAAGGUGACAAGAUGUGCCCAGGCUGUAAUGAAUCCGUGCAGCGAAUUGAGCAGUGUGUCCGGGGGUCUCUCUUCAUGUGUAGCAUUGUGCAAGGUUGCAAGAGAACAUACUUAUCCCAGAGGGACUUGCAGGCUCACAUCAACCACCGCCACAUGAGAGCCGGCAAGCCAGUUGCGCGGCCCCCACUGGAACCUGUCCAUCCUCCGAUCGCUCCUCCUCCUGCCGAAAUCCCGGAGCGGUUCAUCCUGCCUCCCGAUAAGCAUCACCUGAGCCACAUCCCACCCAAGCAGCACAUCCUGAUGCCUCCCCCGUUGCAGCACGUCUCUCACGAGCAUUACAACCAGCCUCACGAAGACAUCCGUGCCUCCCCGGCGGAGAUGUCCAUGGCUCCCCCGCCCCCUCGCUCGGUCAGCCAAGAUACUUUCCGCAUCUCCACAAGGAAACACAGCAAUCUUAUCACGGUCCCUAUCCAAGAUGAUUCAAAUUCCGGCGCUCGAGAACCGCCGCCGCCGGCCCCGACACCUGCUCACCACCACCCCGAAUACCAGGGCCAGCAAGUGGUGUCCCACCCCCACCAUAUCAUGCCGCCUCAGCAGCAUUACGCCCCUCCCCCUCCCCCUCCGCCACCAAUAAGCCACCCAAUGCAACACCCUCCCCAGGCAGGAGGCACUCCCCACCUGGUGUAUAGUCAAGCUCCGCCUCCUCCAAUGACCUCUGCUCCCCCACCCAUCACCCCUCCCCCUGGACACAUCAUUGCCCAGCUGCCACCAUAUAUGAACCAUCCUCCACCGGGACCGCCCCCUCCUCAGCACGGUGGCCCGCCUGUCAAUGUAAACGCUCCCCCUCCCCAUCACUACAACCCUAAUGCUUUGCCAAAGUUCAGUGAAGACCAAGGAACUCUCAGCCCUCCGUUCACUCAGCCGGGGGGGAUGAGUCCAGGCAUGUGGCCAGCUCCAAGAGGGCCGCCGCCGCCGCCGCCGCCGCGGAUGCAAGGCCCGCCUUCUCAAGCUCAGCUUUCUGGACCACACCAUCCUGAUCAAGGCAGAUACAGGCCAUACUAUCAAUGAUAUUAAUAGUAAUUUGAACUAAAAAGUAUGACAUAGGAAGGAUAACUUUCUAAACAGCAGCCUUUUAAUGGAGAGCUCUUCUUUCUUUUUGUUCUGCUUCAUUUAUUUGAAGAAAUAAAAAAGUUUUAAAAUGUGACUGUAAAACUCUGGGGACUUAAUUCUUAAGGUAAUUUUUUAAAACCUUGAUUGUAGGACUCUUUGACAACUGAUAUACUGUAGUGCUGUAUGGCUCUGUAGUUGCCAGUGACAUUUUAACAGACGUUGUACCCGUAGUCCGGUUGAAGUACCCCAGAAAUGAACAUUUGUAAUAUUUCCCAAACAACCAAACACUUACUGUACCACUUGAAGGUAUUUUUUGUUAAACCUGAUGGUUAGUUUUAUUUGUCAUACAUUUCCUUUUUUUGUCAACCUGUGUAUAAUUAAAUUUAAAAUAUGGUCCAAAAAAGUUUGCUUUUUUGCAUGAAUUUUAAAUGUUCGGGUGGAGUGGGGAGUAAGAAAUAGUGAAUUUGGUGUUACUAUUUUUCAUGCAAGCAUGAUGGCAUUUUCACGUAGGAAAUUUGUAAUCUUUGUGGAGUAUGAGAAAAAAGAAUAGGUAAAACAGACCUUUCAUUCCGUUAAUAUCUUUUGCUAAGCAAGCACAGACAUUUUGAGUUUCAUGAAGGUCUUAAAAAUUUGAACUUUAAAACCUCAGACUUGUUAAGUAUUCCAAAACAUCCCUUUAUCUAUUUUAGUGCUUCAGUUUUCAGGCGAUGACAUUGACCUUACAGCAAUGACUUUACAGCAUAAGGUUUUCUGUUUAUUUGAAACUCAAACAUAGUGCCAAUGCCAUUUAUGGGUUCAUGUUUAAGUCAUGUUAGUGUUGGAAUCACAAAUUCACUUGUUACAUGUUAAGGAAAUCAAAAAUUGGUAUUGCUUUAUGGAGAAUAUUCCUCAUGGACAUUGUUGAAAGGUUUAUAAACUAAGGGCCACUUCCUAUGUUAAACUUUUAACAUGCAGAAUAUUUCAUAUACUGCCCGAAAUGUAAAUUGCACGCUCAGGAAACUAGUGUUUUCCGCUGUGUGCACCAUAGAGGCAACUGUUAACUGUGAUUGGCUAUGUUUGAUGUGGUGGUAAAUACGUUUAGCACCAUGUAAUACGCAACGUGGAAGCAGGUUUAUGCGGAUAAAUAACAGUGCUUAGGAACUGGAAGGUAGUUCUGCUGAUAAGAGGAACAUCACACCGUAAGGCUGUGAUGCUAUAUUAGGGAGGGAGUUUUCUUAAAAAAAAAAAUGGGAGUGCUACUUCUGUGUAAACAUGCCUAGGAUUGUACUGCAUGGCUGCAAUCCUGUGCACAGCUGGGAAUAUGCCUUAGACUUCUGAACAGAAGUACAGGAUUGCACCGUAAAGGACUUUCAGCUCAUGAUGCAAAGAAUUCUGGUUGACUGGAGAUCUUUCACACUUCACACAUUUACUUGGGGCAUGUACAGAGAAAACAGGCAAUCUGUCUACUGGUGUUAUAAAUCAGGAGAUCUCCCAUCCCACCUAUUACGAAAUUCCCCUGACCGUCUUCACAACGCUUAGUUGUUACUUAGGCACCAGCAGUUGUGUCUUUUGGGACUGAAGGCAAGGAAGCCAGCAGUAAGUGGAGCCAGAGCCAAUGGCAGGCAGAGGCCAUGCUCCUCACUGCUGAAUUCUACAAGGGCAGCACCAAGCCUAAGCAAGAGGAAGCUGAUGGGUCUGAUUCUAAGUAAGAAAGUGAGUAGCUGAGGGCAGGCUGAUGCGGAGGGGGCACCACCCCAUUCACACUAAUGGACCAGCCUCCGUUGGGUGCCUGCACCCAUGAUUCAAGAUCAAUCGUUUGACGCUGCUCAACAAACUUGUCGGGAGAGAACCUUGUUGGCUGUUCACUGAAGCUGGUUCACUGCAGCACCCAACUUUUUAUGAAUGGGUGGGAUUUGUGGAAAAAGAGGGGAGAGCCUGCUUUUGAUUUCUUAACUGCAGUUAAGGCAUUGUCCUAUUUAUGUUUCCACUGAGCUUGUGGGCUCAGUUGCCAUAUACCAGGCAUAGGCAAACUUGGCUCUCCAGAUGUUUUGAUACUACAAUUCCCAUCAUCCCUGACCACUAAUCCUGUUAGCUAGGGAUGAUGGGAGUUGUAGUCCCAAAACAUCUGGAGGGCCGAGUUUGCAUGUGCCUGCCAUAUACCAUGUACUCCAGCUUCAGUGGUUUGCAUUACUCAACUGAUGAAGAUCUGAAAUUCAGGUGGGCGUGUAGAUACUUGCCUAUUCCAGUUUUUUGGUGUAGGUUUUUUUACAGGAGCUGUAGAUAUGUGUCCUGCUUUUUCCAUUAGUGAUUUCAGGUGGUUGCUCUUUUUUAAUAAUAAUAAGUUUCGUAAAGCUAUAAUUUUUGGGUAACUUUCAUAACUGCAUCUGUCACUUGUCUAACCAUCGUGAUUCAGAGGUAGUUGGGUGCACCAUAAUAUUGUCACAAGUUUCCAUAGAGUAGCCAUGUUAGGUGGCUGUAGCAGCAGCCAGAUUGCUGUGACACUUGAAAAGACUGGUGUUUUUGUUACAGCACAAACUGUUUCGGGCUAGAAGAUGACUAGUUCAUAAAUGCAUAUGGUAUAAUAGGUGUAUGAGUCUUUUAAUAAUGCCACAAGAUUAUUUGUUGUUUAUGGUGUGUGGAAUGACUUGUAACCCUGAAUGUAGAUA